CACACUUUCCCCCCCAAAGAAAAAGACUUUCCAUAUCUCAUCAAACUUUCCCUUUGCUUCACUUCUACUCUUUAACUUGAAAAAAAAAUUUCGGCCGGAGAUUAUGCCGGACACUUCCGAAUCCAGCACCGCCCCGUUUUUCCCGUCGGCCGCGGGCCCCGCCGCUACGUUGGGCGACAUAAUUCUGUGGAGGCGCCCGCUAUGGAGCGCCCUCGUCGUUACCGUCGCGACGGCGACUUGGGUUCUGUUCGACGUCUACAAAUUCAACUUCGUCACCGUCGUGGUGUGGAUCGGCAUGGCGGUCGUCACUUCCCUCUACCUCUACGGCCACCUCGUCAGGCUUUUCCGGAAGGAAGAGCCGGAUCUGACGAACAGGCAGUUCGUGAGGGAGGAGAGAGUGGUGGAGGCGGCCCGAUCGGUUGGAUCGGGGAUCGAGCUAGCGGUCCGGUGCCUGGUCCGGAUGAGCACGAAUGGAGACUGGAGAGUGUUGACGCAUCUCGUCGUUGAGCUCGGGUUUCUUGCCUACCUCGGGAGCUUGGUCGAUUUCCUAACCUUGGUUUAUUUAGGGGUUGUGAUGGUAAUGACGCUGCCUCUGGCGUACAAGAAGAACGAGAGGAAGAUAUUGAACGCGGCGGUGGAGGCGCAGACGAAGGGAAUGCAGUUUCUGUACAUGGUGGAUGAGAAAGUGGUGAGGAGACUGAAGGGGAAGGUGGUCGCCGUGGCCUCGAUGGACGAGGAUAACCACAACAAAGACCAAAAGGAGGAGAAGGUUGAGUAGGAUAACAUGAUGUAGAUUAGUGUUGUAUGAUGUACUUCGAAGAGUAUUAAGCAUAUGUAGAUAGGUACGUAUUUAGAUAGGGUUUUGGUGCGGGGAAUUGGUUUUUUAGGCGCAGUCCUUUAGUUAUAUGCUGGUGUAUGUAUAUUAACGUGAUGUUUUUAUCAUGAAAUAACUUUUGGGGCUGAUCUGAAAUGCAGUCUGGCUUAGACGAAUCAUGUUCAAAAUAUGGUUCUUAUAUUUAAUAUAAGAGGUUGGAACAG